GCAAAGAGAGAAUGGAGUUAAUUAGAAGAAGAAAAGCACCUGAAAAUGAAAAUCCUCCACUUGUACUUGACGAUGUUGUUGAUAAGAAAACUAAAAAGAUUAAAAACAAGCAGAAAUGGACAUGUAUAGACAGUUGUUGUUGGUUUGUUGGAUGCAUAUGCACUGUAUGGUGGAUUUUGUUAUUUUCAUACAAUGUUAUGCCAACAUCGUUCCCACAGUAUGUAACAGAGGCGAUUAAUGGGCCAGUAGCUGAUCCUCCAGGUGUCAAGUUACGAAACGAAGGGCUAAAGGCUAAACAUCCCGUUGUUUUUGUUCCUGGUAUUGUCACUUGUGGGCUUGAGCUAUGGGAAGGACAUCAAUGUGCUGAAGGAUUGUUUCGGAAGCGGCUAUGGGGUGGCACUUUUGGAGAAGUGUAUAAACGACCAUUGUGUUGGGCGGAACACAUGUCAUUGGACAAUGAAUCUGGGUUGGAUCCUCCAGGAAUUAGAGUUAGGCCAGUUGCUGGACUUGUUGCUGCAGAUUACUUCGCACCGGGAUAUUUUGUGUGGGCAGUUUUGAUUGCUAAUUUGGCCCGAAUAGGAUAUGAGGAGAAAACGAUGUAUAUGGCUGCAUAUGACUGGAGGCUUUCAUUUCAGAAUACUGAGGUGCGUGACCAGACAUUAAGCCAGAUAAAAAGCAAUAUAGAACUGAUGGUUGCAACUAAUGGGGGCAAUAAGGCAGUAAUUGUUCCACACUCUAUGGGGUCCAUUUACUUUUUGCAUUUCAUGAAAUGGGUGGAGGCACCUACUCCAAUGGGUGGUGGGGGUGGUCCUGAUUGGUGUGCCAAGCAUAUUAAAGCAGUGAUGAAUAUUGGUGGGCCGUUUCUAGGUGUUCCUAAAGCAUUAGCUGCACUUUUCUCAGCUGAAGCACGAGAUAUCGCCGUUGCAAGGGCUAUUGCACCAGUUGUUAUGGACAAGGAUUUAUUUCGUAUUCAAACACUACCGCAUUUAAUGAAGAUGCUGCGAACAUGGGAUUCAACCAUGUCUAUGAUACCAAAAGGAGGAGAGACAAUCUGGGGUGGUCUUGACUGGUCACCUGAAGAAGGCUAUUCUCCUCGUAAAAGAAAGCUAAGGAACAACACUAGUCAGAUGUCAAGCCAUCGUGAUAAUCAAACUAUAGAAUCCAAAGGAAAAUAUGCUAAUUAUGGAAGGAUGAUAGCAUUUGGAAAGGAUGCAGCACAGAAACAUUCAUCAGAUCUUAAGAGGAUUGACUUCAGAGGUGCAGUGAAGGGCACUAAUAUCACAAAUAACACAUGCGAUGUGUGGACCGAGUACUAUGACAUGGGUGUUGGUGGUAUAAAAGCAGUCGAAGAAUACAAGGUUUAUACAGCUGGAGAUAUUUUGGAUUUACUCCACUUUGUUGCACCAAAGAUGAUGGCUCGUGGAGGUGCUCAUUUUUCAUAUGGGAUAGCUGAAGAUUUGGAUGAUCCAAUGUAUUCCCACUACAAAUACUGGUCAAAUCCAUUGGAAACCAAGUUACCAAAUGCUCCUGAUAUGGAGAUCUAUUCAAUGUAUGGAGUCGGCAUUCCAACUGAAAGAGCUUAUGUUUACAAGCAGACACCAAUAGCACAAUGUCAUAUUCCAUUCCAGAUUGAAACUUCAGCUGAUGAAGGGAAUGAAGGUUGCUUGAAGAAUGGUGUUUUCACUGUUGAUGGCGAUGAGACAGUGCCUAUUUUAAGUGCAGGCUUCAUGUGUGCAAAAGGAUGGCGUGGGAGAACUAGAUAUAAUCCUUCGGGAAUCAAAACUUAUUUAAGGGAGUAUGAUCAUGCUCCUCCCGCUAACCUUCUUGAGGGCCGUGGUACCCAGAGUGGAGCCCAUGUUGAUAUAAUGGGAAAUUUUGCUUUGAUUGAAGAUAUUAUGAGAGUUGCAGCUGGUGCUACUGGCAAAGACUUGGGAGGUGAUCGAGUUCACUCGGAUAUCAUCAAGUGGUCUGAGAAGAUAAAUUUACGUCUUUAGGGGAACUUUGGUUGCACUGCUUUCUCUUAUAUAGUGACUUGACUCAACGGUUAGAAUAUCACUUUCAUAUUUAUGUGAUGGUGAUCAUUUUUUUGUCUAUAAGUUUCGUCAUUUCAAGAUGCCUGCUUCAUGUAUAUAAUCACGAAUUGAUAUGCUGAUAUGCAUUCGUCUGAAAGCCACACAAACACCUCCUGUCAAUUACAUCACUUGGUGAGGUACUCCUAUGAAUUAUGGAAUCAUGUCAAAAUCAUGAAUUUUGUGGAUCUACCACUGACGUUUGGAGAGCCUAGCAACGCUUUCUUUUAUCUGACUAAGUAGACUACAUCCAUCCCAGAUAGAAAGCAGGAUGCUUUGUGCAUCUCCAGCCGUAAUAUGUCAAAGGAGCUUGAUAUUGUAACAUCAUAGUUUUUCAAAGAUUUUGCAUUUGAAAUGUGUAGUUACACGAACUUGUGGAAUAGCUACUUAGCUGUUAACAGAUUUAAAUGCUUUCUCAUUUGAGGUAGGUAGGUCUCACUGUAAUUAUAACAAAAUGCCAGCAUGUUUACCACUAGGGAGAUCUGAAUCUCAGUUCUUCAUGUUCUUGUGUCCUAUCGCCUCAGCCUUAAUAAUUAGA